AUGGGCAUAUUCCUGCCUUCCAGCCCCGUGGCACUGCAGCCGGUCCACCCUCCCGUCGCUGUCUUCCCCGCAUUCAUCUCCCAGGGACCCGUGACCCUUGUACUGCGCGAGCAGAUCUUCUCACUCUCGGGCGACGACUUCAGCGUCAAGGAUGCAGCGACAGGCAAGACCGUCGUACGCUGCAAGGGCAAAGUCGUCAGUUUCCGCGACCGCAAGAACGUGACGGACGCGUCGGGUAACCUGCUGUUCAGCAUGCGUGACAAGCUCAUUGCUUUCAUGAGCACGUUUGUGGCCGAGGACGCGCGUGGACAUGAACUGUUCCGCGUUAAGCGUAACAUCGCCUUGGGCACCAAGAUGACCGCAACGUUCCGUAAUGCCAACACGGGAGAGAAUGCCGAGUUGAGUAUGCGCGGCGACAUGUUUGGGCUUGGGACCACCAUCGUGCUCAAUGGCAAUAUUCCGGUUGCGCAGAUUAGCCGUAAGCUGCUCCACAUGCGCGAGUGGAUUGCGGACAAGCAGACUUACUAUGUUACGGUUGCGCCGGGCGUUGAUCUCGCCCUCAUUGCAGCUCUCUGCAUUGCGUUUGACGAGGUGAAGAAUGAGAAGAAGGAAUAG